AUGAAGGUUGCCAUUAAGGGUAUCGAAAGAGAGCUCAUCUGCCCAGCAUGCAAGGAAUUAUUUACCCACCCAUUGAUCCUUCCUUGCCAGCACAAUAUCUGUCACAAAUGUGUGAAAGAAAUACUCUUUGCAUUCGAAGACUCUUUUGCUGAUGGAGGCUCUGAAUCCUCUAAUCAGAGUAGCCCUCGAAUUAAAAUCUCUUCUUCUAGCAUGGACAGAAUUGACAGGAUUAGUAGAUCAGCCUCACAGAGGAGGUCUUUUGGGUGGAGAGGCAGGAAACGCAAUUCACUGACUCCUAGAUCGAGUCUGUUUCCUUGUCCGGGUUGUCAGCGGGAGAUUGAUCUCGGAGAACGUGGCAUCAAUGGCUUAUUUCGCAACUUUACUUUGGAAACCAUUGUGGAAAGAUACAGACAGGCAGCCAGGGCAGCCAUUGCUAUUAUGUGUGAUUUCUGCAAACCUCCACCUCAAGAGUCCACAAAAAGCUGCAUGGAUUGCAGUGCAAGCUAUUGCAAUGAAUGUUUCAAAAUACACCAUCCUUGGGGAACUGCAAAAGCCCAGCAUGAGUAUGUGGGACCAACCACCAACUUCAGACCCAAGAUAUUGAUGUGUCCAGAACAUGAAACAGAGAGGGUUAACAUGUACUGUGAAAUCUGCAGAAGGCCUGUUUGUAAUCUUUGUAAACGAGGUGGAUGUCAUGCAAACCAUAGAGUUACAACCAUGAGCACUGCCUACAAAACCCUUAAGGAGAGGCUUUCGAAAGAUAUUGAAUACCUCAUCAGUAAGGAGAGCCAGGUGAAGGCUCACAUCACACAGCUGGAUCUGCUGCUGAAAGAAACAGAGUGCAACAGUGAAAGAGCUAAAAAAGAAGCAUUGCAGAGUUUUGAGAAAUUAUCUCAUGUCCUGGAAGAGAAGAAAUCUGCAGCUCUUAGAGCAAUUGAAACUUCUAAGAAUUUAAGGCUGGAAAAAUUGCAAAUGCAAGCAGAAGAGUAUCAAGGACUCCUGGAAAAUAAUGGUCUUGUAGGAUAUGCUCAAGAAGUGCUUAAAGAAACUGAUCCAUCUUGUUUCGUUCAAACAGCAAAACAACUUCAUGUCAGAAUCCAAAAAGCUACUGAAUCUCUGAAGAGCUUCAGGCCUGCAGCUGAAACUACUUUUGAAGACUUUGUGGUGGACAUAGCCAAGCAGGAAGAGAUCCUUUCUGACUUGUCUUUCCAUUCCAAUGGUCUUGAAGUACCAGAAAUCAGUGAAGUGCAGAGCAGAAUGUACAACAAAGCUCUAAUCAGUUGGGAAUGCCCUGGGAAGACAGACUCAGCUGAUAUCUAUGUUCUUGGGUAUCACAAGCUUAACAGAGAAGAGGAGAGUGUGACGUGGCAGGAGGUCAAAGUUUGCGGCAAGAGCAAAGUAAUAUCUGAUCUCGAUGAUGACAGCAGCUAUGCCUUUAGAGUUCGAGGAUAUAAAGGGUCCAUCUGUAGCCCUUGGAGCCAAGAAGUUAUUUUGCGUACACCUCCAGCUCCAGUUUUCAGUUUUCUUUUUGAUGACAAAUGUGGGUACAACAGCGAACAUCUCCUGCUGAACUCAAGGAGAACCUCUGUGGAAAGUAGGGCUGGAUUUUCUCUACUUCUGGGAUCUGAGCGCAUGCAAGUUGGAUGCUACACAACCCUGGAUUACAUCAUUGGUGACGCUGGAAUUGCCAAAGGGAAGCACUUCUGGGCUUUUCAUGUGGAAGCCUAUUCAUACCUGGUGAAAGUGGGAGUUGUUUCUAGCAACAGGAUACAGAAAUUGUUUCAUAAUACCCAUGAUGUGACCAGCCCAAGAUAUGAGCAAGACAGUGGUCAUGACAGUGGGAGUGAAGAUGCCUUCUUCGACUCAUCGCAGCCUUUUACACUGGUCACUGUAGGCAUGAAGAAGUUCUUUAUCCCCACAACACCUGCUGCCCCCAAGGAUCCAGCGAACAGAAUCCUUCCCCUGCCAUCGUGCUUGGGCAUCUGCCUCGACUGUGACAGAGGCAAGGUGGGGUUUUAUGAUGCAGGCAGUAUGAAAUGCCUUUAUGAGUGUGAGGUGGACUGCUCUGACGUCAUGUACCCAGCAUUUGCCUUAAUGGGUGGUGCAGCAGUUCAUCUUGAGGAACCUAUCACAGCAAAGUAUGGGGAGUACCGUGAUGAUAUCUAG